AGCCUGUACUGUACAUGACAAAAGCAAGAGGAUGGAGUGAGUGAAAUAAAUGCACACUUUUUUCUUUAUUUCUCAGAGCCACUCUUUUGUAAUUUGUCAGCAAGAAAGGGUGUUGGAUCACUGCGCUACAUUACAAGAAAACGUGUCUUAGUUGGCGUUAGUAGUAGAAACCAGCAGCCUGUCUGUUUUUACGCACACCCUGCUCCAGUGAAGGCAGCAGCAGUUCAGAUCAGAUUUCACAUUCAGCUCCGACCAGCUGAGAGAGAGAGAGAGAGAGAGAGAGAGAGAGAGAGACAGCCAGAGAGCAGGAGGACUCGAGUCUCCGCUUUCCCCUCCGACAGGCUUCCCUUCUCCGUGAGGCGAGCGCCACACACACAAAAAAAAAGCCCCUGCGAGGAAGAAACCGGGUGCACGGUGCAAAUAUUAAAGCACCUACCGGGAUUUUUUUCCCCUUCCUUUUUUUCUUUUAUGUAUUUUCGCAGGAUUUCAGCAGCGAGAGCGCCACAGAGAAUUAGAUAGAGAGAGAAGAAGAGAUGGACGAGCAGCCGAGGUUGAUGCACUCUCACACGGGGGUAGGCAUGGCAGGGCACCCCGGCCUGCCGCAACAUAUGCAGGAAGGCACCGGUGGAACGGACGGCGACGGAAGAAAGCAGGACAUUGGAGACAUUUUACAGCAAAUUAUGACCAUCACGGAUCAAAGUCUGGACGAAGCCCAAGCCAGGAAACACGCUCUGAACUGUCACAGAAUGAAGCCAGCUCUUUUCAAUGUCUUGUGUGAAAUCAAAGAAAAAACAGUGCUGAGUAUCCGCGGCGCCCAGGAGGAGGAGCCCCCUGAUCCCCAGCUUAUGCGGUUGGACAACAUGCUGCUGGCAGAGGGGGUGUCCGGUCCAGAGAAAGGCGGAGGCUCGGCGGCAGCGGCUGCGGCGGCGGCGGCCUCAGGAGGAGCUGGAGUGGAUAAUUCCGCAGAGCACUCUGACUACAGGGCCAAGCUGUCCCAGAUCAGACAGAUCUACCACACAGAGCUAGAGAAGUAUGAACAGGCAUGUAACGAGUUCACCACCCACGUGAUGAACCUGCUGCGAGAGCAGUCACGCACGCGGCCAAUUUCACCCAAAGAGAUCGAGCGCAUGGUGAACAUCAUCCACCGCAAGUUCAGCUCCAUCCAGAUGCAGCUCAAACAGAGCACCUGCGAGGCCGUCAUGAUCCUCCGCUCCCGUUUCCUCGAUGCCAGACGGAAAAGACGAAACUUCAACAAGCAGGCAACAGAGAUUCUGAAUGAGUAUUUCUACUCACACCUCAGUAACCCCUACCCCAGUGAGGAGGCUAAAGAAGAGCUGGCAAAGAAGUGUGCCAUCACAGUUGCCCAGGUUUCCAACUGGUUUGGGAAUAAAAGAAUCAGAUACAAGAAAAACAUUGGUAAGUUCCAAGAAGAAGCCAACAUGUAUGCUGCAAGAACUGCCGUGAAUGCGGCUAAUGCCUCCUCACAUGGAAGCCAAGCAAAUUCACCCUCAACUCCAAACUCCGCAGGUUCUGCUGGCUCUUUUAACAUGUCAAACUCCGGGGAUUUGUUCAUGAGCGUGCAGUCUCUCAAUGGGGACUCGUACCAGGGGGCUCAGGUGGGAGCCAACGUGCAGUCACAGGUGGAUACCCUUCGCCAUGUUAUCAGUCAGACAGGCGGAUACAGUGAAGGACUCACAGCCAACCAGAUGUACAGUCCGCAGGGCAUCAAUGCAAACGGUGGCUGGCAGGAUGCUCCGACCCCCUCAUCAGUGACUUCACCCACAGAAGGACCCGGAAGCGUUCACUCUGACACCUCCAACUGAUCCUCCACCCCCUUGCUCCUCCGGCCUCUGCUUCCAACUUCCACCACCACUGCAGCCAUAUCUCGCAAAACUUAAGCUCAAACCCCAUCGGGACUGGACGUGACAUAUUGUAUGCGGUCACAAGGCGGGACACGGUUGGGGUCUGGGAAGACAUUUUCACCAUUAUGGACAAAUAUUUCACUUUUCCUAUCCGGACCAUGGCAGCACCGUUAGCAGCCUGCAUACGGGACUCAUAUCCACACUUCACAGUUUGUACAGUUUCCACUUGAUGUCCAUGUUGCCUCUUUGUAUUUCUCUUACAUUAUAUAUUCAUACAGUAGACGCAGUUAGCAGCAUAAUGCCCCACUUCUUGUAAAGUUGUUUCACACUACCUCGAUUGGAAACAGCAACAGAGAAAAUAUUUCAAAAGCUUCGGUUUUACAAAUUUUUGUAACAAAUUGUUGGAAUUUUACUGUACACCACACCUUGCCCUGUCAUUGCACAUCUGUCAUUAUUAUGGUAUCCACAAAGUUUUGUUUAUCUAUAGUGCCAAAGUUCAGCCCUGGAGGUGAAUUUUGAUAAAUUCAUGUUUUUAUGUCAUGUCCUAUUUUUCAUGCCAUAUAUUGUGAAGUAUUAUUAUUAUAGUUCAGUCACAUUAGUCAGGUAAUAUCCAAGCAUUCGACCUCGAUUUAUGUAGUUUGUAUUCAGAGCCUCUACAAAGACAUAUAAGGCUUUUUAUUUUUUACUGUCAGAAUAGGAGAUCUCUGCUCAUAAGCAGUUCAAUAAUUCAAAGAAUUCACAGGUUUUACACAAGUAAUUAGCAAAAUGAGUGUGACUUAGAAAGAGAGUUGAAGUUCUGUCAUCCACGUUGGCUGCAUCCACGAUAUUCAAAGAAAAAUUGAUCUGAAAGACUAAACCAAUAACUACAUUCCCGGCAAAUUUGGCAUGUCAGUAUAUAUUAAAGCACAAUAGCACCGAACAAUUGAACUGAAAGAGUAACAUUUGUAAAUGUCGAAGAGAAAACAUUACAGAGGAAAUUUUAAGAUUUAACUAGAGUUGUGAUAUAUGGAAGAAAGAGAGUGUACAUACAGUACAUUAUCAGGCAUUGUCAGUGUGUAUCAGUGAGAUCAAUAUAGCCAAAUAAUGCUGGUAACCAAAUCUAAAACAGAUACUGUAAUUCUGAUUUUAAGGUACCAUGUUGUUGGGAUUUAACACAUUGCAUGUCUUUUCUCAGAAUUCACAUUCAGUUGUCAUUAAUGGAAUUUGUGUCAUAACCCUGAGAAUGCGUUGGGACAUUUUGAGCAUAGAAUAGAUUUUUGCAUUUGCUCAAAUUACCAUUUUAUUUUAGCUUAUUUUUUACAUAUCAUACUUCACAUCUGAGCAAAAACCAGUUUUUCGUCCUCAAAAUAUAAUGCUCAGAUUGCGGGACAAAUAUAUCUCCAUAUACAUUCAGUGUUGGAAAAACUUGAGGUCACUCAUUUUGUGACCCCUGUUCUCUGAUAACAUUAGCUGGAAUAUUUGGAAGAAACGUACAAUUUGAAUUUUCAGUAUUCAAGAGUUCUUUCACUUUUUGCUUUGUUUUAAAAUGACACUAAAAACACCACAUCCAAAAACAAACCAAUCCUAAAUGUGAAAUUAAAUUUGUCGUAUGUACAGUAUAGUAUGUGAUCUAACAUGUAUACAUGAUUACAAUAGUCCUCAUGAGAUAUCAGCAUUUACAUACUUUGAUACCAAAAAAUGGCAGAAUUUUUAUCCUCUACAGUGGGAUCAGCUUUAUUGACAUUUUCUUUUUCCUCUUUUUAGGAUUUUAUUAUCUGCGGUACUAGUGAGCAUCUCAUCAUGUGCUAGUGCUCUGUAUUCAAAGCCAAAAAAUGCAGUUGGAAUACAGCAGUGUUUAUAUAAAGUGGAAACAAAUACCCUGAUGGCACACAAA